CGACGACGACAACGACGACGACGGAGACGACGGGCAAGUCAGUCAGGUUCGCUCCCGAAACGCGUCCUGCGUGAAGAGUACACGUUCAAGAGGGACUGUCCCUCCACACGUUACGAUUGCGAAGAGAGACAAACAUACUGCACUUUCACUGCUUGGACAGUGUGAGUGACCGUCGUAUGGUUUUCCGUACACUCAGGAUCAGUCGACCGGUUAGGCGGCCUUCACACUGUUGUAAAAUCGAAUCUGCAACACACUUAGAUAUACGUAUACGCAAGCGACACAAAGUAUCUACCGCAAUUACGAGAUUGAUUUCGAAAUGGACAACACGGUGAUCUUAUUUUCUCUGACGGUUCGUCGCCAACAAUCAUGACGAGCGUGGCACAACGCAGACUCCAACAACUGUGUUUCUGCCGCGUCAAGCUCUAUGCGCAUCAGAAGAAAAAAACGAAGGACCAUUGCAAACGGAAGCGACAGGCCUUCGUGUACAAUGCGGAGGAAGAGAUUUGGCACGAGCCGUACAUGCAAUCUCUCCGCCGGGAGUUCUCGGACGAGUCGGUUCUGUGCGACUCUAAGAUUGAAUUGCCAUGGAAGGACAUCGCUCUGCCGGUGGCCGGUAUGAGGAUUCGUCCCGACGUGACCCUGACGUCGGUGGCCGACCGGGAAGUGGAAGAGGCCGACGUCCACGAUGAAACCGGCAAGAUCGAGAAGAAAGUCUCUACGGGCACUAUGCCGUUGCCCUGGCAGGAUCUACUCAUCACUGAGACUCUAGAGAUCGCACGCGCUCCGGACGACCCGGAGACCUGCGACUCCUCCGUGGAGAUCCCCUGGGGAGAUUUAAUCUUGGAGAAGCCGAUGGAGAUACAGCCGCUGAGGCAGGAAAAGGCUUGCGCACCCGACGACGUCGAGAUCCCCUGGGAAAGGAUCCUGGUGCCGCGUAAUAUUGUCAUCGAACCUGACAAAAAAAAGAAGAAGCACCCUUCCUCGGGGCAGCCGCCUCGCGCGCGCGUCGAUACGGCAUGUAUCCUUUGUGGCACGAAUCCUUGCUGCGCGAGGACUCACGUCUAUGAUACAACUGUCGUGUCUGCUUGCAUGUAGACUGUAUGAUAAACACAUGCACACGCUUUCUCUAUUUUUAAAAUUAAAUUAUUUAACUUGCUAAUCUUCAUCAUUGGGCAACAAAUAUUUCGCUCCGAAUAGUUCGCUAGAAAUUGUUUCGAAAUUAGCGAGUCAAUUUUCUUCAGACUGACUGAAAUAGAUCGUCCCUCUACUAGAAUAUUCACAAAAUAUUCGAAAAUAUACCAAACGACUUUGGUAACAUUUUUGUUAAAUGUCAAAAAUAAAUUCUUUUUCAUGCAAAUUUCACGUUGUAUUUGAUUCAGAGUUGAAUACGUUUACGUGUGAAUUGAUA